AUGUUAUGUCAAUAUGCAACUCUCUAUGGUGGAUUUUUAAUUUUUCAUUUGAGAAAAAAUUAUAUACUAACUCCAAUAUUUAGAAGUAACAAGAUGUCCAAGAAUAUAUCAAAAGAAGCAUUAAAGAAUGUUGUGGAAUCACUUCCUAGUUAUAUAAAGAAAAAAAAUGAAAGUUUUCUAAUCACCUUGCGCGUUAAACCAAACGCAAAAAAAACGUCUAUAUAUUUUAAUCAGGACAAAGAAGUUUUAAAUAUAAAUAUACAAGAACAGCCGGUCAACAAUCAAUCGAAUGUAGCUAUUAUAGGCUACUUCUCUGAUAUAUUAAAUUUGAAAAAAAGAGAUAUAUCAAUAGUAUCAGGAUUGAAAUCAAGGGACAAGGUUUUAAUGGUUUCAAAUAUUUCUUUAGAUGAUUUAAAUAACAAAAUUGAAGAAAAUGUUGAGUGA